CUUGAGACGGAAGCGGAACCAGGUAUUGGUUUGUGUGGAGAACGUUGUAAAAUUCAGCCCCCCCCCCCGCUCCCCAGCACACACCAACGAGCACCUCUCCUAUUUCCUCUCUGUUCCGAUUCGAGAUGUUUAACCGACAGACGAGCCUGUGGAUGGGUGACUUGGACCCAUACAUGGAUGAGACCUUCAUCAAACAGGCCUUUAGUGCCAUGGGAGAGUCGCCGUUUGGAGUCAAGAUCAUCACUCACAGGAUAACAGGUGGUUCAGCAGGAUACUGCUUUGUGGAGCUAGCCGAUGAAGCCAGCGUCGACCGCUGCGUCCAAAGGCUGAACGGGAAACUGGUUCCUGGAUCAAACCCGCCCCGGAAGUUUAAGCUAAACUAUGCCACCUAUGGAAAAAGGCCAGAGGCAGGGCCAGAGUUCUCAGUGUUUGUGGGGGACUUGGCCUCCGAGGUGGAUGACUUCCAACUGCACCAAGUUUUCAAGAAGUACCUUUCCUGCAAGGGAGCCAAAGUAGUCACGGACCAGUAUGGAUACUCCAGAGGCUACGGCUUCGUCAAGUUCGGGGAGGAGGGCGAGCAGAAGAAGGCCAUCGAGGAGUGCCAGGGCACCAUGCUGGGGGGGAAGCCGCUCAGACUCAGCAUCGCUGUGGCCAAGAGCCAGAAGAUGAGCAACUACCACGGGGGCCAGGGCCAGAAUUACCAUAGCAACUACAACCAGCCCCAGUCCAGUUACUACGGCAACCAGGGCAACGGGGGUCAGGGGGGUUACUACUCCCAGUGGGGUGGCUAUGACCAGUACAGCGGCUACAACAGCGGCUACGGCAGUGGCUACAACUACGGGCCCUAUGGGUACCCUCCACCAGGCCACGUGGUGCCACCACCUCCCAUGGGGAUGCCACCCGCUGACAUGUCGGGAGCUGUGGAGCAGAGUCACGAGGAGGGCGGAGAUGUAGACGAGGAUAAUUCAGAAGAGCCCAUCCCUGAAUGUGAUGUGGAUCAGUGGAACAAAGAUUUCAUGCAGAGGAGCGAGGAGCUCUACGACGCCAUGAUGAGCUCUCACUGGGAACCCCUGGACUCUGUUAACUCCCCUAUCCCCUCCCUCUCCUGAUAGGUCUUCUUCUUCUGAUCCCUCCUUAAAGCUUAAAUAUUUCUUCUUCUUUUUAGGAUUUUAUACUUCCGUUAUGUAAUACCACAUGGAGACCUUUAAAAGGCCCCGCUUUAGCUCGUCGUUUCGGUACACACCGAUGUUACUCGUCCUAUAUUCAAAAGUACGCACAAAUAUUCACUUGAUUUUAAAGUUUACCAUGUUGGUAAUAUUCAAAAGGUUGUUCAAUAAUCAGUGAAGUGUAGUGCACACUGUUUAUAAACCAGAGCUCCAAGUUUUGGGAUGACGCACUGAAGUUGUCUUCUCCAAUAUUUCACCAUUUAACAAUAUCACAAAGGGACUUUACUGUCAUGUAAUCCAUGAUGGUGACACCAGCAAAAGCUACAAAAGUACAAAAAUUGCCUUAAUUAUCAUUUACCAUGCAGUUCCCUUUUAAUCUAUGAUGGUCAUUACAUUGACCUAGUUUAAACGGGAGGUCUCCUCAUAUUGUUUCUUCUUUUUUUUAUGAAGGAAUUUACUUCUGUUUUUUAUUUUAUUUUUCUGAUACAUAAAAGUAUGGAAAGAUAAUGGCAUUGACUUUAUCCAACAGUAAUAAUCAAUCACAUUUUCCAGACAAUGAGCUCAACGUCAUCUCGUUUAAUCUCUGGAUGCUCUGGAUGGUGCGACCUCCCAGUGCUUUUGAGCGCUGUGAAACAGCUCACUUGCUGGGUCAGACGUCCAGGCAGUGUUUAUUUUCUGCUAUUUGAUGGCUGAUGCUUUGUAUAUAUUUUCUUUGUGGAAAUGUUUUAUCAAUAAAACAAAUUUAGGAAGGUU